CGUGUACUGGGAGGAGGAUACUGGGGAGUGAUGGAAGGAGAAGAGGAGGGAGGCACAGGGGCUUGCUUCAUUUUUUUUUUUUUUUUUGUAAGAGGAAACAGCCACCAAGCUGAGCUGGAAAUCAUUAAAAGUCUUGCCUGCCUGCCAGCGUGCAAAGACAAGAGGGAAAGAUUGAAGCAGGUUCUGUCUCCUUUUUUUCUUUUUUUUUCCUUGGCCAUCCCUAAGCUCCGUGUUCUGCAUGGACCACAUCAACAAGGGUUAUGUGUUCACUUCACACCAAGCUGGCCAGUUCUGUAGGAUCUUCCAAGCCAGACUCUGUGCAGCAACACAAGACUUAACUACAGCAAAACUGAAGAGCAACAAAGGGAGAAAAGACUUUUGAGAGCCAUCUCACUUACCAUACUGGAAUAUACCUGGAUGCCUUCACGCCAAAGACGCAUGACAAAGAAAGCAACUUCUUUACCUGGAUUGCAGCUUGGAAUGUCCUGUGGUUUUGGAUAGCCAACUAAAGACACCUAACUUUUCAAAAGAGAAAAAAUCAGAGUCUGCAACGCCAAGGAAAUGCAUUGUACUGUAGACCAGAGACAGAUCUAUAGGACAGAGAGCAGAGCUGCUGCUUCUGAACCAAGAGGACGGUGCCUAUAGGAGGGGGACCUGUCGCCCAUAUGGGUCUUCAGUAGACACUUUGACAUUACCUAGCUGGAUUAUCAGCGUGCACGAUGCCAUUGAGGUAUUUCCUGGAAAAAGCACAUAGUAAUUAAAUUUCAUCUAGCUCACGGAGGAUCAUUAUGUUUGCUUCAAUGUUCAGACCACAUAAUAGUUGAGUAUUGUGAGUCAUUGCCUGCUGACAAGCAUUAACUCCGGAGCAAGACAAGCAUUCUCCGGAGAAAGGGAAAUGCCCUGAACCAUUGAGGAACACCACAGAAAGAACCUUUACCACCAUUCCUUGCUGUGAGAGAACCUCAAAACCUUUCAAGCAAAUCCAUUCUUUUGGAAAGACAUUCUCCUCCCUUUCGCUCCUAUGGUUAUCCUCAUGUGAGCUGUACAGAUGGAGUCCCUCUGUAAAACCACCACCUGGCUGCGGGAUGAGCUGGACUCUCCUGCUCAGAACAUUCGUAUUUUGGACUGUCGUAGCCGGGAGCUUUAUGACUCUUCUCAUGUAGAGAAGGCUCUCCAUGUGGCGUUGCCUGGCCUGAUGCUUCGAAGGCUACGCAAAGGAAACCUCACUGCCCACUCCCUUCUUCCAGGAUCCCCUCCAGCAUCGAGAGGAGUGGCUCUUCUGUACGACGAGUGCACCGCCAGCCUCCCAACACGUGUAGGGGUUCAGUCAGAAGAACAGGAAUCGGUUCUCGUUACCUUGCUGCAGAAGCUUCGGAAGGAAGGGUGCACAGCCUACUACUUGCAAGGUGGUUUCAGCAAGUUUCAGGCGGAAUUUCCUCACCAUUGUGAAACCAACCUGGACUCCACCAGUUGUGCCAGUAGCUCACCGCUGCCCCCGACUCCGGUGCUAGGACUUGGAGGUUUGUCCAUUGCCUCUGACUGCUCGGACGUUGAGUCUGACCUUGACCGGGAACCAUUGAGCGGGAUGGACUCUGAAGGCAUGAGUCCACGUAACCAGCCCCCAUCAUUCCCUGUUCAAAUCCUGCCACAUUUAUACCUGGGCAGUGCAAGGGAUUCUGGGAAUAUGGACACUUUGGCCAAGCUAGGGAUACGUUAUAUCCUAAAUGUCACGCCAAAUCUCCCCAACAUCUUUGAGAAGGAUGGAGACUUCCAUUACAAGCAGAUCCCUAUAUCCGAUCACUGGAGUCAGAACUUGUCUCAGUUUUUCCCAGAAGCCAUUGAGUUCAUCGAUGAGGCAGCUUCUCAUAAUUGUGGGGUGCUUGUUCAUUGUCUAGCUGGCAUCAGUCGAUCUGUCACUGUCACGGUGGCUUACCUCAUGCAGAAACUCAACCUAUCUCUGAACGAUGCCUAUGAUUUUGUAAAGCGCAAGAAAACCAACAUCUCUCCCAAUUUCAACUUCAUGGGCCAAUUGUUGGAUUUUGAGAAAAGUUUGGGCCUUAGCAGCCCGGAUGACAAUCGGCCACAUGGCCACUCGUUUUUCACCAGUCCUUCCAGCGAUGAUGUCUUCGAACUAGACUCAUUGGACUCCACGUAGGAGAGCCAUUUCAUAUUAUGAGCAUUUUUAUCAAAUAUUUUAUAUCUGUUUCGAGCCUAACCAUCUAUAGAGGAGCAUCGGAUAAGUUGAAAAAUAUGUCUUCUCCUUCAAGUCUUGGGAUUCGGCAAACGUAACUGUAACGAGUCCAGUGUCUCUUUUCCAGUGGAGCGUGAAGGGUAAGGGAAGGAGAUGUACAUACGUUAGGUGGGCAUUUUCAAAACCGACAGUAUUUCCUCGGCGGUGGCUCUAGUUUGACGUGUCUUGACCAGAACAGUCCAGCACAGCUGUUUCUCAAGGACGUUGGUGUGAUAAUGUAUAACAGAUGAGAACCAAAGCAUUCAAAAGAAAGAUGACUUUUAGAGAAGACCCUUUUGAAGACCAGCAGCAGUUUACAUGGAGCAAAAACCUUGUAGCCUUCAACUGAAGUCAUCGGUCAGUAAGCUAUCAGCAGUACGCUAUCCCUUUCCAGCAUCCAACGGGUUAACAUUGUUCUGAUUCAUUUUUUCCUAAUUGCUGAAUUUUAGAACAGAGGCAUCAGCUGCUCUAAAUGAAGUAUACUCAACUGGGAAUAUAAACUCAGACCGGGAACAUACCACGUUCCUUUUUUUUAAAUGGAUCACGACAAAGACUGACUCACUUGUUUUGCUUGACUGGAAUGAUAAAUCCCGUGAGCGGAAUUCUCAGAGUUUGGAAAGUGAAGGAGCAGGUGGUAAAUACACUAUCUCCAUCUGGAGUCCACAAACAUCGAUCAAGAUUCUACUUCAUUGCACAGGAUGAAUCCAGGCCAUUGCAGGUUGGGCCUGAGCAUACAAAGCCAUGUGUUUUUUUUUUCUCUUGACUUUUGUACAGUAUUUCUAUUCUAACGUUUUACUAGCUUUGUGUUGAACUGUGUAUCUCCUUGGCUGGUUGCCAUAGGUGUUUUCUUAAAACAUGUCCCACUUCUCAGGCCCAAGGCUACAACAAUUUACAAAGCAAAGAAAUAAAAAUAAGAACUCAGGAUUUCUUCUGGCAUUCAACAACAACUAAAAAAAAAAAAAAAAAAGAACUUGUAGGCAGAUGGGCUGUUAUCAAGAAUUUGGAGUUACAUGAUAUUAUGUAAGCGCCACAAUCCUGCAGCGCAGGAUGAGAAUUAAUCGCUGCUUUGAGUCACGGUAUCCUCCAAAGGCCAAACCACUUUGAAAAACCACUUCUGGCCAAUUGGGGGCCCUCUAGAGCUGCAGAGGAUGACUUGUCUUUUUUUUUUUUAUGAUUGUUACAUAAAUUCUAAGUGUUGA